AUGUCUGCUCCUCCCCUCGAAUCUGCUGUCAACCAUACGAGAUUACUCAACGAUAAACGAAUAAUGUCAUCACAAGACUCAUCAUGUUCUCGUGCUGAGGAUAUAGAUGCGCGUACUAGAAAAAGACCUCGAAAUCUAAAGCAAACACACUUUUUCACCAGUGUCCGAAAAACGAUUUGUUCGGAAUGUCAAAUGUCAUAUGUGCAGCACUUGAGAUCCGAUCGCGAAUUGCAUGAGAAAUAUCAUCGGCGCGCUAUCGAAGGAGUAGAGCUUGGUCCAACAAAUACUUUGACUUGGAACGCAAUUGAGCAGCAUCAAUUGAAAUCCGGACUUGAUGGAAAGAUAGUUGAGGUCAAUGUUGAAUCGUCUAAGGAGAUUUCGGUUGCAGAAGAGCUCCUCGAUAUUGUCAACCAAGUGUUGAGUGCCCCCAAAGAUAAUAGGGGCUGGUCUUCUGACCCAAAUAGAGGCAAGGUAUUUCUGUUUGUGAUCAGAAAUAAGGCCGUUGGAAUUUGUUCGACUGAACGAAUAACCGAGGGAAAAUGGAUGGUCUAUGACACAGGAGAACUUGUUCCAAAACAGAAACUACCCUUAAUUAUCGGGAUUUCACGGAUAUAUGUUAGUCACAAAUACAGAAGAAUGGGUAUAGGGCUUCGCCUGUUGUUUGCCGUUCAAAAACAUAGUAUAUAUGGUUUGAGGCUGACAAGGUAUCAAAUUGGCUGGAGUCAGCCUAGCGAGUUUGGAGGCAAACUUGCUCUUUCCUUUAAUGGCGUGAAGCACAAAUCAGGCAAGAUGCUUAUACCAAUCUAUGAGGAACGAUAA